ACUGUCCUGACAUUUGGGGGAUAUCUGUACUGUCCUGACAUUUGGGGGAUAUCUGUACCUGUCCUGACAUUUGGGGGAUAUCUGUACUGUCCUGACAUUUGGGGGAUAUCUGUACUGUCCUGACAUUUGGGGGAUAUCUGUACCGUCCUGACAUUUGGGGGAUAUCUGUACUGUCCUGACAUUUGGGGGAUAUCUGUACUGUCCUGACAUUUGGGGGAUAUCUGUACUGUCCUGACAUUUGGGGGAUAUCUGUACUGUCCUGACAUUUGGGGGAUAUCUGUACUGUUCUGACAU